ACGCUUCUUCUCCCUAAGUCGUCCAGAUUUGAGGAUCGGAGGGAGGAGGAUAUGAAUCUGUCCUUUAGUUGGAUUUGAAAACUUGAUUGAUCCAUCAAUCUCCGAGUACCGAUCUCGAUUCCACAGGUAAAGAUUUGUUUCGUUGACGAAGAUGAUGAAGAUGAGAAUUGGCGUGCUGGCGCUCUUGGUGGCUCUCUCUGUGGUUGAAUUUGGAUUGGCUUCUCCUAACACCGUUCCUGCUUUCCUCUGGUCUCCGCAUCUCCAGGCUGGUAAUGGUGAGUUGGAUGAGGCCGUGAAUUAUCAGGUCAUGUCUGCUAAGGAUCUAGUAGGUUCUGUGUUCACUCAUGGAGGAUGGUCAAACUUUCUGUGCUCGGAGAAGAAAGUUGAGCAGCCUGUUGAUGUUGCACUUGUGUUCAUUGGCAGAGAGUUAUUGUCUUCUGAUGUGUCUUCGAAAUGGAACUCGGACCCUUCCCUUGUUAACACAUUGAAUAAUCUAUUUACAGCGUCGAACUUCUCAUUGGCAUUCCCAUACAUUGCUGCGCCAGAGGAAGAAAGGAUGGAGAGUUUGUUGCUUUCAGGGCUUAAACAAGCUUGCCCUCACAAUGUAGGAGUUAGCAAUAUUGUCUUCUCAGAUUCUUGCCUUGUUGAGGAUGGAACAAUUCAAAAACUAUCAGACUUGCAGUCUUUCAAAGAUCAUUUGCUUGCUAGAAGAGAAACAAGGAAAGAAGGAGAAACCGACUUGGUUGUGCUCUGUUCUGAGGGUUCUCAAUCACAUUCAGAGCGUGAAAGCAUCUCCGAACUUGUUAGUUCAGUAGAACAAUCUGGCAGCAAAUAUACAGCCCUUUAUGUUUCUGAUCCGUACUGGUACACAUCUUACAAAACCCUCCAAAGGUUUCUAGCUGAAAGUGCGACCGGAAACAGCAGCUCUGUUGGUGUUUCCACAACCUGUGAUGAACUUUGCAAAUUCAAGUCAUCACUUUUGGAAGGCAUACUAGUGGGAAUCGUUUUCCUUCUCAUCUUGAUCAGUGGACUUUGUUGUAUGGCGGGUAUUGAUACACCAACUAGAUUCGAGACUCCUCAAGAUUCUUGAGCAGUUGACCCCUUAAAGAGUCAUCCCCACCUUUUGCUUUGCUUUGCUUUUUUGCUUGCGACGGAUCUUUUCUUCUGCAUAGUGCGUACGUACGUUGAAAAGGUAUUUCAAUGUCGAUGGUUACAUUACUAUAUGCCAUAUAAAGUCCCCUUGUAACAUUUAUUCAUCUUGUAUGUGAGUCUUUCCUAAAUACUAUAACUUAAUAAUGGAGAACAAGUCAAAACCAGAGAGAUCUUUGCUAUUUCUUUUAUACUGCAAUACUACAUUCUUUUAUAUAUAUACGUUGUCAUUU